CCACAUCUGCUCCCCAAAAGCAGGAUAGGCCAUUGACAGUCUCCACUGAAAGCCAGUCAGAGGCUGAGGGCUGAGGCCACCCUGGACAUUCUCGGCUCUGUGGUAGCAGGGUUACAUGGAAGUUACGCAGACAGAUCUAGCUGUUUCUCCUGGUUGUUGAGAUUUUAGACACAGAAAUCUCAACAUGGCUUCUUAUCAGAUUCGCAAAUAUCAGGAGAGUGACCGAAAAACCGUCCUGGACUUGUUUUCCAGUGGCUUGUUGGAGCACAUCCCUGCCACCUUCCGCUACAUGCUGAUUCUGCCCCAAACCCUUCUGUUCAUGCUUGGGGUGCUCCUCUCCGUAUUCCUGGUCUCUGGUUCCUGGCUCCUGGUCACUGUGUCUAGCUUCAUUCUGCUCGUUUUCCUGUGGUUUCUUGCCGGUUAUACCUGGAAGAAGCGUGUGAAAGCAGGUUUGUCCACAGACCUGGCUGACAUCCCCAAAUCCUACCUGAGUGCAUCUGGUUCCUGUUUCUGGGUGGCUGAGUCCGGGGGGCAGGUGGUGGGCACUGUGUGUGCUCUGCUGGAGAAGAAUCCCCCACCAGGGAAGAAGCAGUUGCGACUGUACCAUCUCUCUGUAGCCUUGGAGCGCCGAGGAGAGGGACUAGCGAAAGCCCUGGUCAGGACUGUCCUCCAGUUUGCCCGGGAACAAGGCUGCCAUGAAGUCAUCCUUCGCACCAGUGUGCUGCAGUACGCUGCCCUGGGCCUCUACCAGAGCAUGGGCUUCCAGAAAACAGGCCAUUCCUUCUAUAGCAAGUUCUCAAGGCUGAGGGGUACCCCUUUAUUGCAUCUCACAUACCGGUUCCCUUCUGCUCAGGAAGGAGGUCUGUGACCUCUUGCCUCGUGUAUCAGUCAAGAUCUGAUCAAUGCUGCCUCAGUAACAAGCAAACCCUGACAUCUCAGUGACAUAAGCAGUAAAAGUACAUUGCUUGUGCACACCUGAGUCUGCUUUUUUGAUAGUAUGAUGGGAGUGCUGGAAGCUCUGCUCAGUUCUAUCUUUCUGGGGUGAUUUCAUGUAUCUAACACCAUGGUGCUAUUGUAUAAAAAGUACACAAACAAUAAUAAACUUUUAUUUAACUUA